AGUUAGUAAGUAAACUGUUGAAUCCAAAUGUGUAAAAUUGGACGAUGUUCCUCUAUCCUUCCGCUGUAUGAUGGGUUUCGGGGAGGAGGCAGGACUAACGCCAAGAUUCUGGCUCUUUUCUCGGCUGUCUGCAGUUGACAAUCAGGAGGUCACAUGUCAUCUGGGGAUGAGCUACUUCGAGGUGUACAACGAGAAAAUCCAUGACUUGCUCGUGGUCAGGGAGGAACAAAACCACAGCUCUGAGGCCCAGACCAGCGGUGACCGCCUCAUGGUGAGCACUGCUCCUCAGCCCAGACCGCCUCAUGGUGAGCACUGCUCCUCAGCCCAGACCGGCGGUGACCGCCUCAUGGUGAGCUCUGCUCCUCAGCCCAGACCGCCUCAUGCUGAGGAGACCGCCCUCAUGGUGAGCCUGCCUCAUGGUGAGCUCUGCACUGCUCCUCCUCAGCCCAGACCGCCUCAUGGUGAGCACUGCUCCUCAGCCCAGACCGGCGGUGACCGCCUCAUGGUGAGCGUUGCUCCUCAGCCCAGACCGCCUCAUGGUGAGCCUGCCUCAGCCCAGACCGGCGGUGACCGCCUCAUGACCGGCGGUGACCGCCUCAUGGUGAGCACUGCUCACUGCUCCUCAGCUCAGCCCAGACCGCUCCUCAGCCCAGACCGCCUCAUGGUGAGCUCUGCUCCUCAGCCCGGUGACCGCCUCAUGACCGGCGAUGACCGCCUCAUGGUGACCGCCUCAUGCCCAGACCGCCUCAUGGUGAGCGCUGCUCCUCAGCCCACAGGCGGUGACCGCCUCAUGACCGGCGGUGACCGCCUCAUGGUGAGCGCUGCUCCUCAGCCCAGACCGGCGGUGACCGCCUCAUGCGCUGCCUCAGCCCAGACCGCCGGUGAGCUCUGCUCCUCGCCUCAUGGUGAGCUCUGCUCCUCAGCCCAGACCGGCGGUGACCGCCUCAUGGAAGGUGCCAGCAUCAACAAGUCCCUGCUGAGCCUGGGGAAGGUGAUCUCUGCCCUCUACAUUUCAUCCAGGUUUCAUAUCUCUCAUGCAAGAUUUGUUUUGGUUUGUGAGGUGAUUUUGUCGAGAGCUUUGCGUGAAUACCGUGUGCAUCUCCACAGUGUGCAUCUCCACCAUGUGCAUCUCCACAGUGUGCAUCUCCACCGUGUGCAUCUCGACCGUGUGCAUCUCCACCGUGUGCAUCUCGACCGUGUGCAUCUCCACCGUGUGCAUCUCCACCGUGUGCAUCUCCACCGUGUGCAUCUCCACCGUGUGCAUCUCCACCGUGUGCAUCUCCACCGUGUGCAUCUCCACAGUGUGCAUCUCCACCGUGUGCAUCUCCACAGUGUGCAUCUCCACCGUGUGCAUCUCCACCGUGUGCAUCUCCACCGUGUGCAUCUCCACAGUGUGAAUCUCCACAGUGUGCAUCUCCACCGUGUGCAUCUCCACCGUGUGCAUCUCCACCGUGUGCAUCUCCACCGUGUGCAUCUCCACCGUGUCCGAAUACCCUUUCCUGUCGCCUUGUUGUCCAGGCUGCUGAAGGAGAGCCUGGGCGGAAACUCCAAGACGGCCAUGAUCGCCACCCUGAGCAGCAACCCCAGCGGUCACAGCAACGUGGAGGAGAGCCUGAGCACGCUGUGGUACGCCAAGCAGGCCCGCGGGAUCAUCAACGUGGCCAAGGUCAACGAGGACACCAACGCCAAGCUCAUCAGAGAUCUGAAAGCUGAGGUAGAGAAGUUACGGGCGGCUCAGAUGAGCUCUCAGGGCAACGAGCCGGAGAAGAUGGACCUCUUCCAGCAGGAAGUCUUGGCUCUGAAGAGCCAGCUGACGCAGCAGGAGAGGGAGAUGGCCGAGGCCCACAGAGCGUGGAGAGAGAAGCAGGCAGAGAAACACAAACGUGAGGAAACUGAAGUAUUACAGGAAGCGGGCGUCACGUUUGCUGUGGACAACCGACUACCCAACUUGGUGAACCUGAACGAGGACCCACAGCUGUCGGAGAUGCUGUUAUACAUGAUUAAGGAGGGACAGACCAAGGUCGGCCAGCACAAGUCCGAGUCCCCCCACGACAUCCAGCUGUCUGGGGCCCUUAUCGCCGACCACCACUGUGUCGUUUCCAAUGUAAACGGUGAAGUCGGCAUCACUCCCAUGGAAAACGCCAAGACCUUUGUCAACCUGGUCUCGUCUUGCGUCUUGUACGUAUUGUCUUGCGGCAACAGGGUGAUCCUGGGCGGAGACCACUACUUCCGCUUCAACCACCCGGCAGAGGUGAAGUCUGGGAAACGCGUGUCAUGCUGGACUGGAGCGGGCGAAGGCCAGAAGGACUUUGAGUUUGCCAAAAACGAGCUGCUCUCCGCUCAAAGAGCACAGUGAGCAUCCAUUUUGUUUCCGUGUCGACUGGAAGAGGAGAUCGAGGAGGCCCGUCUGAAGGCCAAAGAGGAGAUGAUGCAGGGAAUCCAGGUGGCCAAAGAGAUGGCCCAGGAGGAGCUGUCGGACCAGAAGGCUCGUUAUGAGAACAGGAUCAAAGCCUUGUUAGAGAGAACUGGUACGUCCACUAUGGAGGAGGAGAGCGCGAGGAAGCGGCAUUGGGAGAUGGACCAGCAGCAGGUAGCCUCCAAGAUGGAGGAGCUGCAGUCGGCCAAGGUGGAGCUGGAGCAGGAGGUGGACACACACAAGACACGUCUCCGCCUCCAUAUGGAGGCCCAGGCCGCACGGCGGGCCAUGGCCGACCACGGUGUCCGGCAGGCCAAGGUGGUGGAGGCCCUCGAGGCAGAGAAGUGGAAGAUCGACAAAGACCUCGAGGAGAUGCAGAGGAAACUGCCAUUGAAAGGAAGCAGGACUCCGAGAAACGAACAACCUGGCCCGCCCCUGAGGGAACUCGACCAGGUCAGUGACAACCUGGCCGUCGUGAGGGAACUCGACCAGGUGGACCGCAGCGCCUCUGAAGAUGACGACGUGUUUUACGACCCCAAUGAUGAGUGGGAUAUAUCUGCCUCCUCAACCGCCGCCUCCUUUUCACGGAGAAGGUACAUUUCUAAAUCCUGUUGGAAGAGCAGGAGGAUUUCAGGGCGUCUCUAUGAAAUCAGAGUGCACCCUAUUCAGAGCCUUCAUUGUAGCAACUUGUCACGGUCCUCUGGUCAGUCUGUUGUGGCCAAACCACACUCUCUGCACUCAAGCUUGUCAGAGUCCGUCCUGCCGGGGAUCUGCAAAGAUCUGAUUGGUCAGACGGUAAGGCGGCUGCGCGAGUGUCAUAGCCACGAGGAGAGCACGGCAGACAGGCUGACCUCUGCUACGUGUAGUCAGGAGAACAUGUUUGAGGCUGAGGCACAGAGCCAGCUGGUGAAGGCCACCUCAGCCAUCCAGAGAGCCGUGUUCACGCACUGGGUGACCAGUGUCGAUCCUGGAACCGGAACGCUCUACAUUAAUGCAGAGGAGCUCAAGACCCCAAGUCAAGAGAACGGGAGGUUACUUUCACCUUCUCAUCCAGGUGGCUGUGACUGCGAUCUCAUCCAUGGUGAACGAGUGGUCAGUGUCCCACUCGUCCAUGUUGAACGAGGCCCAGUGUCCCACUCGUCCAUGGUGAACGAGUGGUCAGUGUCUGGACUCGGCCCUGCAGGUCAUCAGCCACCUCCGGGACCCAGCUGUGGGCCAAGGCCACGGGCAAGCAGACGACCACACCGGGUUCCACUCCUAUCAGAUAAAAACAUGAAGAAGAAGCGGCGUCCACAUCGAGUCAGAAUUGACUUGUAUCCCCGUGGAACGUUUCCCACACCUUGUAGAAUGUCCCGAAGUAUUCAAUGGGUGUACCUAAUAAACUGUCCGCGGUCUGUGGUCCUGUCUCUGUUGGAGGGGACCUGUAAAGGGGUGCAUUCUCUCCUGGAGGAGGGCCUGACUAUCUCCAAGGAGAUGCUGAGCGAUACUCAGCUGACCUACCCCAGGACUCCGGUUUUGCAGAGCCUCAAGUCGAAGAUGCUCGACCUGUCCUUCCCUCUCUAUAUCCACUGCCACAUGACGAGAGGGAUGAAGGAGAGGAACGGUGAAGACCUUGAUCCGUCACACCUGCACAGAGUGAAGAACACGGCAGCCAAACUGUUCCAGCUCAACAAGGCCAUCGGGCAGCUCCACUCUGCUCUCUCUCUCAUCCUCCGAGAAAGUGACACCAGCCUCAUCGCCUGCCGAGAAACUGUCUUCUCGUACAAGACCAUCGACGAGGUCAUCAACAGUCUCCCCAGUGGCGCCAACAACUUCAGCCUCCGUCUGCCCUGCGUGCAGACCGUCAUGGCGGCCCGGGAUGAGCUCCACGCUGCCCUGCAGUCCCCGAGUAACGUCUUCAACCCCCAGGGACAUAAGGAGGAGAAGACAGGGUAUUUUGGUUCAGAGAAAAGCUUAGUAGAAAUGAGUCUGGUGAAGGAAGGGCCCAUGGUGGCUUCAGCCAUGGGAAUGAACAGAGGAGAUGCACAGGCGCGAUGAGCUGAUCCGGGUUGUGUUUCUGUAGGCAUGUAAAUGCAGAAAAAAACUGGCAAAUGGGGAGGUAGUGAGAUCUGAAGUUGUCCAAUAAGGAACACUUGUUUUUUUGGUUUCUGUUACAAAACAUUUUGCUAAGGUGUGCCCUAAUGAACAUGACCCAGAUGAUCAAUGUAAAAAAAGAGAUACUGGUUCAAUGCCAUUGAUAGAAAGAACCUACAGUGAGAAUGUUUACUUCAACGGUCUAUCCAAUUGCACUAAAACCCAAGGUUCCCUGUUGAAUGCUUUAUUUUGGCCAUUAAAGAUUUAAUUAGAUUGUAAAGUACUUGGUAAUUGAAUUGUACCGCAGUUUGCCAUUUUGGUUAGAUCUUCUCAUUCUUGGUUCCUUUUAUGUGUAAACGUCUUUUUCAUAUUGUUGCAUUAAAACAUAUGUAGGUGAAGGCACAACUUACUGUAGCUCACUCAAAGCGGUUAGAGGUGUUAUGGUCAGGCUAUCCUUGGGAGGCUAUCAGUGCGUCAACUAUAUUCACUUAAAACCUUGCACAAAGUCAUUUUUGUCUUCUCAUUCAUGACACUUUUUUGUCUCUUGGUAAAGAUUUCGAUACCUCACAAUCAUGUCACAUUACGAGUGAGGACAAUACAUUUAUAUUUCUCUACUUGUGUUUAUCUUUUUCUCCAGGACUCCAUAAAUGCCUAUUUUAGUAUCCUGAAAUGUAUGGAUAUUUGUGCAAUAGCUACAGUAGUAAGUAAAGAUGAUUAUGUCUCUCUGUCGAGCACUAGAAACCCCCGUACAUUACUUCUCUCCCGCUCCCAGGUUCUGCAUCACUUCAUAAAUGCCCAUUUCACUUGAGGUUCCCUCAAGUCUAUGAAAUGUACAUUGAACGAAGACUUUCAGGGUUACAAACAACGCCAUGAACCUGUUUAUGUUUAGAAAAAUGUGGCGCAGGAGGACUAAUUUAUAAAUAUUUAAAUCCUCUUCGAAGGCUGAAGAAAACGCACAAACUUUGGACACCAUCCAUUUACUCAACCUUGGGUAGGUGGAAACUUUAACGUUUAAGAUAAAUUACUCAAAAAGUAAAGUCAGAAUUCCAUAUCUGGACAUGUAGCUUGUGCCUUUGCAACUUAAAUGUAUAUUUAAUUAGAUUGCCUUAGCCUUAUAGACAUUCGAUAUAAAACGUUCCCAGCAGUCCGUGUAGCUCUGCUAUCACCAUUGAGACCGUGUCUGUGCCCUUGAUCUAGGUCGGGCAAAACUAAACAUGGCGGUGUUCGCUUUAGCAAUCUCACUGGAAUAAAAAACCUUCAUUCGUUAUUAUUGAAAGAGAUUUUGAUAUCGCACAACUCGAAAUAUGGCUACUUAAUGUUAGAUCCCUCAUGUGCAAGACGGUUAUAGUCAAUGAACUAAUCACUGAUCAUAAUCUUGAUGUGAUUGGCCUGACUGAAACAUGGCUCCUCCUGGUUACACCAGUGACUAUAUUCCCCCGCACAUCCAGCAAAGGUGGAGGUGUUGCUAACAUUUACAACAGCAAAUGUCAAUUUAAAGAAAAGAACAUUACUUUUUGUCCAUUGAGCUUCUAGUCAUGAAUUCUAUGCAGAUUUUUCAAUCACUUUUUAUAGCUAUUGUUUACAGGCCUCCUGGGCCUUAUACAGCAUUUCUCACUGAGUUCCCUGAAUUCCUAUCGGACCUUGUAGUCAUGGCAGACCAUAUUCAACAUUUUGGUGACUUCAAUAUUCACAUGGAAAUUCCACAGACCCACUCCAAAAGGCUUUCGGAGCUAUUUCAACAGUCAUUACCCUGGAUCUAGUUUGUCCGGUGGGGCGUAGCCUAGUGGUUAGAGCGUUGGACUAGUAACCGGAAGGUUGCAAGUUCAAACCCCCGAACCCUGAUCUGUUCACCGGACAUGCUACCGUGUCCUGGGCCUGCUGUUUUCAACUCUCUCUCUACCGCGCCUGUUGUUUCGACCUCUGAAUGCUUGGCUAAGAAAAGCCAACUACCAUUUACUCUUGAGGUGCUGACCUGUUGCACCCUCUACAGGUUCUUGCCUUCUAGGGAGUUUUUCCUAGCCACCGUGCUUCUACACCUGCAUUGUUUGCUGUUUGGGGUUUUAGGCUGGAUUUCUGUACAGCACUUUGAGAUAUUGGCUGAUGUAAAAAGUGCUUCAUAAAUACAUUUGAUGGAUUGAUUUAUUUCUUAUGGAGGAUUGACAGUUUAAUUUAUAAUAAUUAAUAUUCCCACUCAAGUCAACAUUCUUUGACGUGUGGACCGCUAUCCAUCUUUGUAGUACAUUUGAAAGUUGACAUUUCUACUUUAUUCACAUUUUAGUACAUUUAUCAGAUAUUUAAAUGUAUGCUUUGUCUCAACCAACAAAAACACUUCAUGUGAAUAGGGCCUAAGCUACAACGUCUGAACAUGAACGAAAAAUCGGAGUUUAUGCAUUUUUUUUUUAGAAUUUACGUUAUAGCCUAAAAAAUGUUUUUAUUAUUAUUAUUAUUAUGACAAUCCUGUUUUUGUAAGCUUCCUAAUGAUAUUAGACUCAACCUUUUUAUAUUUUUUUCAGUGAUGAAAACAUGGAUGUCUCAUGGUAUGGUGGGCUAUGCAACAAUAAGUCAACUUUGAGCAUCUUUAUCUCUUAAAUCUUUAUGUUUAAAAGUAAAUACUUGUAAAAGUAAAUACUUGUUGUGACCAGAUAACAAUGAAAAGAUGUAUUUUUCAUGACGUUUUCAUGUUGUCGUGAAAAUACGUCUUUAAUCAGUUUGUUGUAUUCUGGUUAUACAGUAUGACCAGUUUACAACCAGAAAAUCCCAUUUAGGAAAUAUGUAAAAAGGGCAGUUAACCCACUGUUCUUAGGCCGUCAUUGAAAAUAAGAAUAUGUUCUCAACUGACUUGCCUAGUUAAAUGAAGGUAAAAUAAAUGUUUUGUGGUUAUUAAAUAUG